AUCAAGAUGUCUUCUCCAACCAAGGAUGAUCUUAAAACUAUCGCUGAUGAGCUUAAAAGCGAGAUUACCUCGGAACACCAUUUGAAACAUGCUGAAACCAAGGAGAAAAAUUCUCUUCCCUCAAAGGAGGCAAUUGAAACGGAGAAAGCUCAACAAGAAUUGCUCCAAGGAAUCGCCAAUUUUGAUGCUAAAGCUCAAUUAAAGCCAACCGAAACUCAGGAGAAAGUUGUUCUACCAACAAAAGAUGUCAUCGAAGAGGAGAAACAAGCAGCCAAGGAAUAAAAGAAGAGCUAAAAAACAAAUUAUGGGAAAUUUCUUGAAGCUUAUGGCCAUUUUUUUAUCCUGCUAAUAUCACUACUACUUCUACUUCCACUUAUCACUAUUAUUUCUAUUCCUUUUUAUUAUGCCAUCAAAAUCGCAAGACCAUUCAGCAACAACCAUGUGUGUGUGAUUACAUUAAAAAUGGUCGUUAAAACUCUCUAAA